AUGCUGAAUGUUUCCUGUGUGGAAACGGCUAUUCUCAUCAUUACCAUUACCGAAAAUAAUACUCCAAAUUUUCAUCCAUCUUUUCCUUCUUUUCUUUCAUUUUCUCCCUUUUCUUUUUCCUCUUCCCAUAUUUUCUCUUUUCCUCUUUUACCUUCUACCUUUUCUUUCGACAUUUUCUCUUUUCCUUUUUCCUUCCCCUCUUCCUUCCCCUAUUCUUUCACCUUCGUCCUUUUCUUCUUCUUCUUCCUACACUUUCUCUUCUUACUGUUCUUUCCCUUUCUCUCUAUUCUCCAUCUUGUUCUUUGUCCGACAUUUUCUAUGUUUCACUUCCUCCUCGCUCUGUUCUUUUACAUUCUCCACCAUUUCUGCUACCUCUUCUACCAUUUUUUUUCUUACCCUUCUUUAUACAUUUUCCCUAUAUUCUCUUCUUCUUCUUCUUCAACCUUCUUUUCAUUUCCUUCUUCUUCCGCCACCGUCUGUCCUUUCUGUACACCCUCCUCUUCACAAUCAUCUUUCGACUUUAUUUUCAUUUUUAUUCUUCUUCCCCUUCUUCCACGUCUUCAUCUUCUUUUUCUUCGUUCUAUUUUUCCUUUUCGCCUACCUUACUUAUAUAGUCUUCAGUUCCACCAUCUUUUCUUCUUCUCCCUCUACGUUUUCUUUUGCCUUUUCUUUUACUUUCAUCUUCUCUUCUUUCUCUUCCUACUUAUCUUCUUCAUCAUCCUCUUGCUCUUCUUUCUACUUCUUCUUCUUUAUCAUCUUCUGCCAUCAUUAAUUCAUUCUUGCCUUCUUUUUCUCCAUCCACUUCUUGUUCUUUUUACUCGUUUUCUUUUUCCUUUUCUUCUAUCUUCUUUUCUCUCUUCGUCAUCGUUCUCUUCUUCCACCUUUUAUUCUUUUUCCUCGAAUUCUAAUUAUCUUUUUUCCUUUACUUCCUCCUCCUCUUUUUUCUCUUUCUACUCCCCUUCUCCCUGUUCCUCUUCCAUCUUCUUCUUCAUCUUUUUCAUUCAUUAA